UCUGGCGGGCUGGACCCGGACCCGCUCCCAGCUCCGGACCCGGACCCGGACCCGGACCGGUGCCGGCCGGUGGCGGCGCUGGCCGGUCUGGCAGUCCGAUCGGCGGACCCUGCGGUCGCCAUCUUCCCUGGAGGCAGCAGAGCUACCGGAACCGGAAACAGAACCAUCGAAGAAGAAGAGGUGAACAACAACAAUGGCGGUGCAGAGAGAGAGAGAGAGAGAGAGAGAGUAAAGUUAGAGAGUCCUGGAUGCAGGGCUGCAGGCCGGUGGUGGAGGUGGUCCGUCUGGGCCUGGUCUCCUACCAGGAGGCUCUGCGGCUGCAGCAGGUCUACGUGAACCGCCACCGAUCUGGUCCGGCUCACACUCUGCUGCUGUGUCAGCACCCGCCGGUCUACACCACCGGGAUCCGCCACAAGCCUUACCCGGCACCCCUGCUGGACCAGCUCCGCCUGCUGGGGGCCGACGUCCACCGCACCAACCGAGGAGGCCUCAUCACGUUCCACGGGCCGGGACAGCUGGUCUGCUAUCCGGUCCUCAACCUGGGCGGCUUCAAGAAGAGCGUUCGCUGGUACGUCUGUGAGCUGGAGAAGACCAUCAUCUCCGUCUGCAGCAGGUUUGGUAUCGAAGCGUCGACGUCCCCUCACACCGGAGUCUGGGUCAGAGACAACAAGAUCUGCGCCAUCGGAAUCCACUGCGGUCGAUACGUCACGUCUCACGGUUUGGCUCUGAACUGUAACACCGAUAUGUCGUGGUUCAGACACAUCGUACCGUGCGGUAUCGAAGGUAAAGGAGUGACGUCGCUGAGCGCUGAGCUGCAGAGAGACGUUAGCGUGGAGGAGACCAUCCCUUACCUGCUGGACGCCUUCAGGGACCAGUUCAACUGUCAGCUGAUGGACGGACAGACACCUGAACCUGACGAGGACAGCGGAGAAUCGUCGGCGUAGAAACUGACUUUAUAGAUUAAAACAUGACGUUCUGUUUGAACUCGUUCUGUCGGUUUAAUCUCUGUGUGCGGAACAGAAUGACCUCCAGGAUGUGUUCAUUUACAUGUGGAAUCUUGCUAGCUAAAAUUAGCCCUCAAAUCCCUUUCAAAUUAAUUAAAUUCGUACUUUGAAAUUAACUUUUCAUGUAAGGUUCAGAUUCAAUGUUUUGACUGGGUAACUGGGAUUGAUCCCAAAUUGUUUCUGUUUCUACACCUAUUCAGUAAACCUAAUAAAUCUGGUUUCUACAAUCUGA